AUGAGUGUAAAACGUAAAAUUGACAUUGAGAACAGGAGUUAUAAAGAAAGUUGGGAGAGUGAUUACUUGAUUGCUAACAAUAAUGGAAAGUUGCAGUGUUUAGUGUGCAUGAAUAUUGUUUCUGUGCCUAAAGAAUAUAAUGUGAGAAGACACUACACAACAAUGCAUGAAAAGAAGUAUGCUACGUAUACAAAUGAAAGUCGGCGUGCGUUAGUUGCAGAUUUGAAGAAAAAGCUUAAACAGCAAACUGGUAUGUUUAGUAAAAUAUUGCGAUCUCAAACGCAUUCUUUGCAUGCAUCUUAUGCCGUGUCGCUUGAGCUGGCAAAGGCAAAAAAACCUUUCACUGAUGCCAAUUUAAUUAAAAAAUGUGCCGUUGAAAUGGCCAAAGCUUUUGAAGAUUCCAAAAUGGCGGAGAGAUUUGAAUCAGUGCAACUUUCACAUCAAACCAUACAAAGAAGGGUUGUUGCUAUGGGUGAUCUGGAUGAAAGCACUGAUCAAUCAGAUGUUAGUCAGCUGUUGAUAUUCGUGCGCACUACUUUUGAAGAUUUUACUAGUAAAGAGGAGCUAUUUGAUAUUUGUCCUCUUUAUGGAACAACAAAAGGAAAAGACGUCUAUGAGGCUCUGAAAAAAACAGUAGACAGAAUUGGAGGCUUUAAUAAAUGUUCAGCCAUAGCAACAGACGGGACCAAAUCAAUGACUGGUAAAAAAACUGGAUUAGUGGGUCUGCUUAGAGAGAAUGGUGUUACUUGUCAGACAAUACAUUGUAUUAUACAUCAGGGAGCUUUAUGUGGAAAAUCAGUCAAGCAGGAUCAAGUUUUUCAGACCGUGAUUAAAAUUAUAAAUAUGAUUAGAGGUGGAAAUCGAUCCCUUUUACACAGGCAACUUAGGCAGUUUUUAGUGGACACAGAGGCUGAGUAUGAAGACUUGCUAAUGUACAACCAUGUAAGGUGGCUGAGUGCAGGAAAGUGCAUGGAACGAUUUUUUGCCAUAAGAAAGGAAAUACCUCCAUUUCUUAAUAAAUACGUUUCAUCCGAUACAACUGAACUGGAAGAGAAGUUUCAGGAUCCAGAAUUCUUAAGACAGUUAGCUUUUAUAACANCUCUAUUCAUUUUGAUAACUAGUACCUUGAGUACCAUAGCUGAAACUAAUAAAAUAAUGGUUGAUGCUAUGGUUAAAAUUGCAGAUAAUGAUGAGACACGAACACAAAUGGAGGAAAAAAUGUUAGAUUUGUUGUCCAUCAUUCACUCCAAAUUAAAUUAA